AGCCCUAGGCUUCCAGCCCCCUGAAUCUCUCGUCAGUCUUUUCUUUCUUUGGGAAAUCGAAGUCAUGGCAACGGUGCAGCAAACAAAGCUCCGAUGGGGAGAGCUUGAGGAGGACGACGGAGAGUACUUGGACUUCCUACUUCCACCGCGGCAGGUUAUUGGUCCCGACGAGAACGGGAUCAAGAAGGUCAUAGAGUUCAGGUUCAAUGACGACGGCAACAAGGUAAAGAUCACCACCACCACCCGCACCCGCAAGCUCGCUAAUGCCCGCCUUAGCAAGGGCGCCGUCGAGCGCCGGUCCUGGCCCAAGUUUGGCGACGCCGUCCACGAGGACGUCGGUAGCCGGCUCACCAUGGUCUCUACCGAGGAGAUCCUCCUCGAGCGCCCUCGGGCUCCUGGUGGCAAACCAGAACCAAAGGCUGGAGGAGACUCAUUGGCUCAACUUAGUAAAGAGGGUGGUGCUGUCCUCAUGGUCUGCAGGACUUGUGGUAAGAAAGGUGACCACUGGACCUCAAGGUGCCCGUACAAGGAUCUUGCCCCACAGGCUGAGGGAUUUGUUGAUAAGCCUUCUGCUGUAUCGGAAGCCACAACCACUGCUUCUGGGGCAAGCAAGGGAGCAUAUGUUCCUCCGGGCAUGAGAGCAGGGGCAGAGAGAACCGGAUCUGAUAUGAGACGCAGGAACGAUGAAAACUCUGUUCGGGUCACCAACCUCUCAGAGGACACCCGGGAGCCCGAUUUGCAGGAGCUCUUCCGGCCUUUUGGUGCUGUAAGCCGAGUUUAUGUUGCCAUUGAUCAGAAGACUGGCAUGAGCAGAGGAUUUGGUUUUGUGAACUUUGUGAACAGGGAAGAUGCUCAGAGAGCCAUCAACAAGCUCAAUGGUUAUGGUUAUGACAGUUUAAUCCUUAGAGUUGAAUGGGCCACACCAAGAGCAAACUAGAUCACAGGCCAGCCCGAACAUCCCCUGCCUCUCUCUCUCUCUCUCUCUCUCUCUCUCUCUCUCUGACAAUUACCUAGAUUUAUAAUGAGACUUUUGGCAGGUCGUUAUUUCUUUUCCAA